GAUUUUUUUUUUACUUCGCCUUUGACCCGUCUGUGGUGCCGUAGUUCGGAGUGCGGAAGCAUCAUGGACAUCGGGAAGCUAAAAACUCGUUGUCAUACACAAAUUGGAAUGUAGCAACACUAUCUUUCCUAGUCUUGGAGGAGUCAGGCCUAAUCCUCUGUGAUUAUACCCAAAAAUGUCAGGCCAAGAGGAAUCAGACAAGGGUGUGGACAUGUGGUCCUCCCUUCGCUGUCUGGGGUAUCUCUCCAGCUUCAAUUUGCUGCUCGCCGUGUGCCUGGGAAUGUACGUACGAUGGGAACAGACUGCAGAACCCAUGAUUCUGGUCAUCUUCAUCUUGGGUUUGUUCGUAUCAGCCAUAGCCUGUAUCCUCUACUACUACUUUUCGAUGGAGUCGGCCAGUUUAAGCCUCUUCCACCUGUGGUUCGGCUUCCUGCAGGGACUCCUGUGCUUCCUGAACAGCCCGUCUCUGGAGAACAACAUAAAGGAGCAGGUCACAAACUACCUGUUGCUGGGAAGCGUGGCUGUUCGGACGCUUUGGGCCUUAACAGAGCGUCUCUGUGGUAACGCUAAGUAUAAACCAGUCGUUAUCACCUCAUCCGAGCUUCUAGAGCUCCUGGGAUUUGGCGUCGCAAGCAUCAGCUUGGUUUUCCACAAAUCGCUGGCCAUGAUUGCUCUGACGUUAUCGUUAACGGCCCUCAUCGUGGACCUUCGCAUGAAGUCGCCCUUGGCUCUCCCUAAUCUAGCCUGCUUUGCUGUGAUCACAGCCGUUACCUUUUUCCAGGCCUUGGAGAUCCAAGCAAACCCUUUCGCGCUCAGCUGCUACCUGGGGCGGCUUAUCUGCGAGCCUCUUCUGGACGUGUACUUCAGCAGCUUGACGGCGACAGAACGCUGGAAGCAGUUUCUCUCAGCCGGUCGUCUGUGGAGGAGAUUUUCUCUGUUCCCGCUGGCAUUCGUCGAGCUGUCGUUCUUUGUGGUCUGUGCCUUGAAGCUGGGUAACCUGAAAGUUUGGUACCUGGUCAUCCCUGGCUUCUGCGUCUUUGGCCUUUUGUGGAUCCUGUGCCACAUGGUCUUCCUCGUCACGCUAUGGUGCUUCCACACCAAGCUAAGCGAGAGUCAGAAGACGUGGGCGGCCCAGCGCUCGCAAACGCUCAAUUUGGACAGGAUCAUGGCCUCCAGGGGCAUGCGUCAUUUCUGUCUCAUCUCCGAACGGCUGGUGCUCUUCUGCCUGAUGUCCACCAUCAUACUAGGGGCCGUCUCAUGGCAGGUCACUAAUGGACUCUUUAUGAGUGUGUUUCUAGUGGUACUGCCACUGGAGUCUCUGGCUCAUGGACUCUUCCAUGAACUGGGAAACUGCUUGGGAGGCACCUGCAUUGGAUAUGCAGUGGUAAUUCCCACUUGCUACAGCAGCGCAGACGGACAGCCAUUGCUGUUGCCUCCAGGGCAAGCGCAGGAAUUGCACUCCACAGCUACUCUGAACGCUGUACAGCGACUCUUCUCCUACCACCUCAUUCAGACCUUUGGAUGUGACUACUCCACCAGUCUAAGCCUGGACACCCUGCAGGCCAAACUGCGCUCUUUUCUAGAGCUCUGCACCACAGAAGGCCCGCGGCAUGACACCUACAUCCUGUACUACAGUGGCCACACACUUCCCAGCGGAGACUGGACUCUGGCAGGUGGCGAUUGCUUGCGUCUGCAGCAGAUCCUUGAUAUGUGGAAGGAACGGAACGCCAGCUUCUCUUCCCGCCUCAUUCUGGUCCUGGACACUGAGAAUUCUGCGACGUGGGUAAAGGCGGUGCGAAAGGUGGAAAAGAUGUAUGUAGCAGUACAAGGAGCCAAGAUGAGCCCUGUACAGGAUGCUGAAGCCCAGGAAGCCCCUCGAUUGGGAGACUUCACCGCUGAGUGGGUGAAAUACAACUGCGAUCCUGACAGUGGCAUACAGUGGUCCGAGAGGGGUCGGGUCAUCUCCGCUAUAUAUGGCGUGUCUAAACCCUGGAGUGACUAUGCUCUCCACCUGCCCACCGGAAGCGAUGUAGCCAAGCACUGGAAAACACACUUCCCCAAGGCCACAUACCCACUGGUGGCUGUAGCGAACUGGUGCUGUGGACUUAACCUUCUUUGGCUAUGUAGUGUGUGCUUGCGCUGCGUCAGGAGACUGAAACUUUCUUGGUUCCCUCCCAGUAUACUAGAUACAGGGCAAGGGAUUAAACUAGUCCGAUCAUAGGCGACCAGUUGGUUUGCUUCUAUACAAGGUACAUAUAUCACAAUUUAUCUUUUCUAUGCAAUUUGUGGGAUAUCAUUUUUUGACCGUUCAGAUGCCUUUAACAUAUUACUUUACUCAGUUAUAGAUGGGAAACGUGGAUCGCUCAGUCUUGCUUCUAAAGAUCUACUUUCCUCUAGAGUUUAGAGUCACAUCUAAUUUUUUAAAUCCCAUAAAUUUAAACCCCAAAAGACUUUCGAUUGGAAUAUUAAGAAAUAUUAAUACUUUAGGAAGUAGGUUGAUCUUUAGGAACAGGAUUGAGCCCCAUUGCUAUAUGAAAGUUUCUUCAGUUUAUCUAUGUGCCAUAUAUACAGAAUAUAGCCACUGUCUUAUCUCAUAAACAGCAUUAAGGACUGUUAACGUCAUGUGGCUGGUGUUAAUUUAUUAAUUUUUAAAAGGGUUUUCCCGUGAUUUGGGUAAAAUGUUUAUUGCAAUGUAUUCGGUCUCAGGCAAAGUCGGGCAAGAAAUCAAAUUGUAUCUUUUAAAAGGUUACUUUUUUUUGACAAGCAGUAGAGCGGGGUUGGUUUAGUUGUUUUUCCAAGACCUCUACAAAAGCCAUUGUUUAAACCAUAUUGUGCCAUAUUUUGUAUUUUCUGUAGGGUUUUUGUGUUGAAGAGUUGACUUCAUUAAUUCUUUUUCAACAGAUCAGUGUCCUUAAAUAAAGACUUUAAAAUUA